AAGCUGGGCGACCCACCUGCCUUGUCCCCUGCCAAAAUUUAGGGUGGGACGACCAGAUGGUCGGGGCUGGGUCAGUUUUCCGAGCAAGAGCCGCUCCUGCAAGCUCACCCUUCGCCCUCCGAUUGCACCGUGCACGCAGCGAUCAGCUACCACGAUACUCAAUCAUGGGUGGGCUCAACCUCGAGGUCUUCAAGGUAAGGGCAUCCUGCCAAUCCAAUCUAGUCCAGCCCAGCCCCAAUUCACCCAUCCCAUUCAACCCACUGCAUCCCGCUUCAACCCCCACCUCACUCACCUUCCCCUCCCUCCCCAUAACCCGAGCUAACCCGUCGGGUCACCCACCCACCUUUCCCACAGUUUGGCAUGUACGUCAUGUUCCCCAUCGGGAUCAUGUACUACUUCGGCACCAACCUCGACAGCCGCUUCUCCGUCCCCGACUUCUGGCCCAAGGCCGAGAACGCCAACAGGCUGCCGGUCGAGCGCGACGAGAUCCAUGCCGAGCUCGAGAGGCUGCGCGCCCGCAGGCUGUAUCUGAGGGACCAGCGGCUGGCCGCCGAUGCGCGCGCUGCGGCGCUCAACCCGAAUCAGGGGCAGGGGCAGGGGCAGCAGUCGGAAGAGUAGGGGUCUCUUCUCGUUUGGGAAGAGGUGGGUUGUUUUGGGGGCGGGGUUGAUUUGGCUGUGGGCGGUGGAUGUAUGAUCGGGAUCGGGGGCUAUCGAGAGACUGGGGGAGGGUGAGUGGGUUUGAGGGUUUGGGGGAAAAUACGGCGUUUACGGAAGCUUCGGCGGAAUCAU